GGAUAUUUCCUUCCAAAGUGGAUGGUAAAUGCAAAAAGAAAUUGUUUUGGCGAAAAUGAAACUAGCGAGGGAUAAACUUCAUUGAUGUUUCAUUAGAAUGUUUUCUGCCUUGUCAAAACUGGUUAGUUUUAUAUACCAACCAGAAGAUGAGGACUCAAAUGAUGAAGAAGAUGUGGACAAGAAAGAAGUUCCAGUAAAUGGAUUAAGUUCUCUAACAUCUGGUCAUACCUUGCCAAAGCAUAAUUCUGACUGUUUCAAGAAUUUAAGUGGCAAGGUCACACAUGUGUUUGAAAAACAUGGCCUAAUUGAUGGUGAGAUUUAUUUCUCAUUUGACAAAGUAAUCGACAAUAUCAGUGUCCAGGUUGGUGACCCAGUUGAUGUUGUAGCAAGGCAACAGAAUAGUUGUGGAGUUUGGACAACAGAUCAGGUAUCAAUCGUUCAAGAAAAAUGGGAUGACAAUGACUUUGAAAGUGCCAAUGACCUUGAAGUUGACAAUGACCAAUCAGAAACAUCUGCACAGGAUGGUAUUGUGGGUAAAAUAACAAGGUUUGAUGGAGAGCAGGGGUUAAUUAAUGAUUAUGUUAGAUUCGAAGUGUGUCAAGUUAUUGAUGAUUUUAAACCAUAUGUUGGUGAUUAUGUCAAGGCAGAUUAUGCAAGUGAUGGGAGUGUGAUGCAAAUUGCAAAUAUUCAGCCAUUGAGAUGCAUAGAGAAAGAAUCAAAGAUUACAGCAUUUCAAGUGGAUCAUGGGUAUAUUGACAGUGAAAUAUUUUUUUACCCGGAAGUCUGUGUAAAUGGAUACAAACCACGUAAAUGGGACAAAGUUGUUGUUAAAGCUGUUGAGAGUGCACAAGGCAAAUGUAACUGGAGGGCCGUUUCUAUUAAGCCAUUAAAUGUUCCCCUUUCUCAAAGUUUAAGUGCCAAAUUUUUGCGAAGUCCAACACGCAAAUCCUUUGUAGAAGAACUAACAAAAGAUAAACAUGGUAUCUAUAUCAGUGGUGAGACAGAUAUAAAAAAUGUCAAGUUUGGACAUGAAAAGAAGUUGACAAUAUGGAUACAAAACAAAGGGACAUCACCUCAGAUCUUGAAGAAAUGUCAUAUUCCGUCAGAAACUUCACAGUUUUCUGUUGGUAGUGUUAAAUUUUUACAAGAAUACUCAGCCAUGAUGAAAUCUGGAAAUUCAACGAUAAAGGAAAAAUCUGUGACCAUUUUUCCAGCCAUGUCUGUAUAUGCUAAUAUAACUUUCAUGGCAAGAGCACAUGGACAUGAGAAACAGCUACUAGUAAUAGUGUUUAAUGGUUUUAAGAUAGGAAGAUACCUAACAGCAGAAGUGAUAGAUCCUUAUAUGUCUAUGGUAAACCAUACUGGUUCUUAUACUGGUACCAGGAGUGAAGCUUUCAGUAGGUACAAGACUUCUUCAAGAUCUGCUGAGACUUGGAGAAUAUCAGGAGAAAGACCAAGUAGUAAUAGCAAAUUUGCAAAAAGGAAGUUUUUACCGAACAAACUGAAACAGUACCCUGUCCCUACACCUCUUAGAGAAUGUAUUAUGGAGAAUGAUUAUAUAGAAGACCUUUAUCCUGUGCUAACAGAGGAAGUAACAUUUGAGAACUAUACCCAGAAAUUUGAUACACUGAUUCACUUAGAAGAAAUACAGAUGGAGAUAGAUAUCAGAGAGUUUGAUUUGGAAAGAGUCUGCAUGAGAAGAAUAGGAGAAUAUUUGGGACUGAAGGUACCAGGCCUAGCGGAGGGGAGACCCUCAGUCCUAAUUGGUGACAGAGUCAUACUGACAGACCCAGCUGAUCCUGAUGGUCCAUGUUAUGAGGGAUGUGUUCAUGAGUUACUGAAAGAUGAAGUUUUAAUGAAGUUCAACAAAACAUUUCAAGACUACUACACAGGGAAGGAUUACAAUGUCAUGUUUACAUUUAAUAGGGCACCUGUCAGAAGAUGUCACCAGUCUGCAGAGUUUACUGUACAGUUAGGAGAAAAUGUACUAUUUCCAACUGUUCUAUUACCAAAGAUGUCACAGUUGGGGUCACUAUCCCAGAGUGCAACAGUGACACCACUUAAUUCUAGUCCAAGUAAAAGCCAUCAGAAAAGAAUAAAUUUUUUCAAUAAAUCAUUGAAUAUCAGACAAAGAGCUGCUGUCACCAGGAUAUUAGAGGGACAAUGCAGACCUGUGCCUUGUAUAUUAUUUGGUCCACCUGGCACAGGCAAAACAGUAACAGUGGUAGAGAGUAUUCUACAGAUUUUACAAAAAAUUCCUUCCAGUCGAGUUCUGGCUUGUACACCAUCGAACAGUGCAGCUGACCUCAUAGCUGAGAGAAUACAUAAGAGUGGACAAGUAAAGACAACAGAUAUGGUCAGAUUGAACGCCAGACAAAGAAAUCAAGAGGUUAUAUUAGAGUGUCUGAAGCCAUAUUGCGUAAUUGGUGACGAUCUUGAAACUGCAUCUCACUACAGGAUAGUUGUGUGUACAUGUGUAUCAGCUGGUGUGUUGUAUUCUCUAGGGAUCAAAGCAGGACAUUUUACACAUGUCAUAAUUGAUGAGGCUGGACAAGCUACAGAACCUGAGAGUCUUAUAUCAGCAUGUUUAAUUGGUGACGAAACUGGUCAGAUAGUGUUAGCAGGUGAUCCAAUGCAGCUAGGACCAGUAUUGAGAUCAAAAUAUGCCAAAGAAUAUGGCCUAGAAUUAUCGUUUCUAGAAAGGUUGAUGAGCAGAUCAUUAUAUGAUAGGAAUGAAGCAAUGUUUGCUGAUCAUGGCUGCUAUGAUCCUUUGUUGGUGACAAAAUUAGUAUCAAACUACCGCUCUCAUCCAGCCAUACUAGGAUUACCAUCUCAGCUAUUUUACCAUGGAGAACUCUUGGUGAAGGCAGACCAACAACUGACCCAAAGACUAUGUAACUGGUCCAUGUUGCCUACAAAACAUUUCCCUGUUAUAUUUCAUGGAGUAAGAGGAGAAGAUCUGAGGGAAGGGAACAGUCCGUCCUGGUUUAAUCCUGUAGAAACUGUACAAGUAAUCAGAUAUCUCCAGGGAUUACUCAAUGAUCCUGAUGUGAAAGUGGAACCAGAAGAUAUUGGUAUCAUCACACCAUAUCGAAAACAGGUAGAGAAGAUUCGACUGUUGAUAGAUAAACUUGGUAUAGCAUCCAUUAAGAUUGGGUCUGUUGAGGAAUUCCAGGGACAAGAAAGACAAGUUAUCAUUAUAUCUACUGUUCGUUCCAAUGAGCAGAUGAUAGGAUUUGACAAGAAACAUACACUAGGUUUCCUAAGUAAUCCUAAGAGAUUUAAUGUGGCCAUCACCAGAGCCCAAUCACUACUCAUUAUUAUAGGGAACCCAUAUGUACUUGUACAGGAUGAGUACUGGCAGUCACUGAUACAGUAUUGUAUAGAGAAUGGAGGUUAUACAGGUUGUAAUAUACCUGGAUAUGAGGGAUUGGAGGAGGAUUUGGAGGACUCUAAUGAGGAGCGCACUAUAUCAUCUGAGAUCAGUAGUCAUGAUGAACCUGGAUGAUUAUGGAGUGAAUUGGAAGACUGUUGAAGGGCUCAAAAAAGAAGUUCGCCAAUAUGGGUUAAUGCCGGAAAGAAGAUUAAAAGCUCUUACUGGUCAUACAGUGAGAGACAGAGAAUGUCUUGUGAGGAAAGAAUUCAGGAGAACUUUCUUCCCAUAUGUGUCAUACAAGAAGACAUCAAAGCAGAUUGAUAAAGAAUGCUUAAGAUAGAGUGAUGAUGAGAAACUUGGUUAACUAUGAUAUAAGAAUAUCUUGUUUUAUCAUUAGAUAUUGCUAACCAAAUUGAAAAUCAUUACAAAAUGGAGGAAAAAUCUUCAGACUGUAGUUUUUGGAAAUAUUUUAACCAUUUGAGGGUUAAAUAGCCAGAAUAAGAUUUUUUUACUGUAAAUAACUACUUAGGAUUGUUUUAAUUUGAGUAUUUUCAUGUGUUAGGGCAAUCUAAAUCAGUAAUUGCUAUUUGGUGACAGAAAAAUUAUUUCUAGUCAAAAUUUAUUUAUCUUAUAUAAUGUUGGUUUUUAUUUAAACUUUGAUCAUGUCAAUGGAAAUGGCAACAUCAGAAAAUAUUUGGAAGACAGAUUUUCAGGAAAGUUCUUGAGAUAUUAGUAAUUGUUUAAGUAUCUUAAUAUAAUUUUCAUUUGUUAAAGGGAGUUAAUAACAGAGCAUAUCAUUCAAUGUUGAAAUGUAUUUUAUAUAUCACAAUAAGUUUGCAAAUGAUUUUUUUUAGAGAUUGAUUAUCAAGCAUCUUUUUACAUCAUCUAAGUUUUGAUCAACAUUUUAGUGUUUUUCUUUUACAUUGCUACAAUUAAAGGAAACGUUAGUAUUCUUUUGAAUGGAAUAUAGUAUAUAUUUAAAAAAAAAUUUACAUUGAUCUGUUUAAUAUUUAGCAGAAAAAUACAUUGACAAAAACACCCAACACAUUGUUUUUCAGAUGGUUAUGAAUCAAACUGAAAUAUUCAUAUUUUGAAUUGCAUAUUUAGACAUUUUCAUAAUCAAUUCAUAGGUAUUUUCAUUUUGAAUUUAAAGGGAGGAGGCAUAUUGUUACUUCUUUGUCUGUAUUUCUUUCAGAAUCAAAGGUGGUUCUGGAAGUUAAAAUUUUUCAUAUAAAAGUAAAUAUGAGGUAUAGUUAGCUUUUAUUUUUUUGUAAUCUACAUUCUAUUAAUCAUGAAAUAAGUUUGGAUUUCACUCUGAAGUGUUUCAUUGGUUGAGAUUUUGUUGUCUCAGAAUUUUGAACUUGGUUGAACCAAUGAUGGACUCCAUUGCUUUGGAGUUUUUUUUCAAAGAAAAUUUGGAAGGGUUGAUUUAAAUGAUCUCACUUUUUGUCCAGUUAGAGAACUUAUUUUUACAAAAAUAAUGGAAAUGAAUAAGUUAUAACUCCUUUUGGCAGAUAUAAAAUUUUUCAGUAUGGGGUAUUGUGUAUGUAUUAUUAUGAUACAGCUUAUUAUUCUGUCUUGAAACCAUUUUUAAAGUUGUUAGCUAAAAUAUGAAGGAGAAUAAUUUGGAGCCCUAGACACAUGAAAACAGUAUUUUUUAAAAAGUCAUGACUGUUCUAAUUCAGGUAAUAUGAAAUGAUAUGAACUUAUUUACAUUUAAAAAAUUAUGCUGUCUUUUUUAACAACUUUUAGUCUUCUUUUAAUAAAUCUGUCAGUUCAAUUACAAAUAGACAGGUCAGAUUGUUUAUCUGAAUAAUCUUGAUUACAUAAUCAAUGUCAACUGCAGCAUUAAGUAUUUUAUUAUUAUGAAACUGUGGUUUUUUUUUAGAAAUAAAUUGUUCUUGUUAUGCA